CAAGUUCUAAAUAUAUAGCCACCCCACGUGGGUAUAUUUACGUAUACCUGUAAUUAUUCAGCAUCAAGGAAUCAAGAUUCACGAUAGUCUCUCACUGAAAUUUGUGAAACCUUUGCCAGCUGUUUCUAUAAGUUUAACUGUUUUGGUGUAUGUGUACUUAAAACUAUUCAAAGCCGUUUAAGUGAUUGAUGAAAUCCGUGGGUAUUUUGCAUAAUCAUUCAGAUUUUGCAUACUUCUGGGAAAUUUGAAUCACUCGUACGUUAGUUGUGUUUAGGAAUUGGAAAUACAUGGAGGCAUUUUAAGAACAGGCAGCAAUAUGGAGAGCAAAAACAGCAUGGAAAUGAAUGGAAAAGGUGCUGGAAAAGAUUCUGAGGGAGAGGGGGAGUUGGCCGUUAAUGGUCGCCCGGCAACAGCGUCCACAGUGGACAUGGACAAAGUGGAAAUUAAAACGGGCAAAGAUGACGAGAAAGAAAAAGAGAAGAAAGAACCCCAGAAAAUGGUCGGCACUUGUGAAAUCUUUAAGUAUGCGGACUGUUUGGACGUGUUACUGAUGCUCCUGGGAUCGUUCUGUGCCCUGUGUCAUGGUGCCGCCCUGCCCUGUAUGAUCAUCGUGUUCGGAAAUAUGAUUGACACCUUCGUGGAGUCGGGAAAGCUCCAGUAUUUCCUCCAAAGCCUGAAUUCUACCUACUUACAAUCCCAGGGACUCAGUGUAGAAGGUAUCAUCAAGGAUCCCAAAAUUCUGCAGCCACAUUUGCCGAACUUGACAACAUAUUACAAUGUAACAGACUUCUCAAUUUACAACAAUUCCAUACAAUAUGAUUUGUUGGACACUAUGACAGAAUUCGCUGUUUAUUACAUAGCCAUUGGUUGCGGUGUACUGGUGCUAGGAUACGGACAGGUGGUAGGCUGGGUGACCGCUGCAGAGCGACAGUGCCACAGAAUCCGAAUCUCGUUCUUCCGCAAUGUAAUGCGACAGGAGAUAGGCUGGUUUGACACUCAUGAUUCAGGGGAGCUCAGCACGAGACUCGCAGACGAUAUCAAUAAAAUCCACCUUGGAAUCGGUGACAAGAUGGGGACCUUUGUUCAGUGGAUGGCUGGGUUCUUCGCAGGAUUCACCAUCGGAUUUAUCUACGGGUGGAAACUAACGCUGGUCAUCCUGGCCAUUACCCCACUGCUGGCUGGAGUAGCCACUCUGAUGAACAAGCUGCUGUCCCUGAGCGCCAGUAAGGAGAUGACUGCAUACGCUAAGGCGGGCUCGGUCGCGGAGGAAGUCCUCGGAGCCAUCAGAACGGUGGCCGCGUUUGGUGGACAGAACAAGGAGUGUGCCAGGUAUGACAGCCAUCUGGAGGAAGCUAAGAAGAACGGGGUCAAGAAGGGGAUCACUGUGGGCUGGUCCAUGGGUCUGGUUUAUCUGGUGGUCUUCUGUGCCUAUGGUCUCGGAUUCUGGUACGGAGCCAAGCUAAUCCGCGAGGAUGAUGAUUACAAAGUCUCCAAUGUCCUCAUUGUCUUCUUCAGUGUUCUGAUUGGAGCAUUUUCUCUCGGACACGCAGCUCCCAGCAUGCAAAGUUUAUCUGUGGCAAGGGGAUCUGCAUUCACUGUCUAUGCCUUGAUAGAACAGGAGCCUUAUAUUGACUCGGCCUCGGAUCAGGGGGAGAAACUGUCCUCCGUCAGCGGAAACCUGACGCUGAGGAACGUCCGAUUCCGAUACCCGGCCAGGGAGGAAGUACAGGUGUUAAAAGGUGUCAGCUUGGACAUCAAUCGUGGAGAAACUGUGGCCCUGGUGGGAUCAAGUGGAUGUGGCAAGAGUACCAUCAUACAGCUACUACAGAGGUUCUACGACCCGGAGGAAGGGGAGGUCGCUCUUGAUGGCAAAAACAUCCGAAGUCUGAAUACAAAAUGGCUGAGACAGCAGAUAGGAGUGGUCAGCCAGGAACCUGUCUUGUUUGCCACAACCAUCGCAGAAAACAUCCGCUACGGCAAAGAAGGGAUUUCCCAGCAAGAAAUCGAGGCUGCCUCGAAAAUGGCUAACGCCCACGACUUCAUCAUGAAACUUCCUAAUAAAUACGAGACGCUGGUAGGAGAGCGCGGGGCCCAGAUGAGUGGUGGACAGAAACAGAGGAUCGCUAUUGCCCGGGCACUGGUCAGGGAUCCCAAAAUCCUACUGCUGGACGAGGCCACGUCAGCCCUGGACACAGAGAGCGAGUCAGUGGUACAGGAGGCCCUUGACAAGGCUAGAGCAGGAAGAACAACUGUAGUGGUCGCACACCGACUGUCCACCAUCAAAACGGCUGAUAAAAUAGCGGGAUUCCAGGAAGGGGUCAUAGUGGAGAAUGGAACACACGACGAACUGAUGAAAAAAGGGGGCGUGUACUUCACACUGGUGACCAAUCAGACUCGGGAAGUAGAUGAAGAAGAGGAAAUGCUGAUUUCUAAAUUUGCCAGUCCAUCGGAGAAAGAGAAGAAGUCCCUGGAUCGCCAGAUUUCCUAUCAGAUUAAGAGUCCGCUCAGAAACCAGGUGUCCAUUGAUAAAGUCCCGGGGGUGGAGGAGGAGGAGAAAGGGGGAAAGAAAAAGAAGAAAGAGUCCGAUGAGCCACCACCUGCUAGCAUGGCCCAGAUCUUGAGGAUGAACGCUAAGGAAUGGCCCUAUAUUCUGUUUGGUUGUCUGGCUGCCCUGCUUAAUGGAGGUGUUCAACCCUCGUUUGCUGUCAUUUUCUCUGAAAUCUUAGGGGUAUUUUCUGAGCCGGACCAAGAAAAACAGGAGAGAGAAGUAGAAAUGUACGUUCUCAUUCUCUGUGGAAUUGGAGGUGUCAGUUUCUUCACCUUUCUCAUUCAGGGCUACUGUUUUGGAGUGUCUGGGGAAUCCCUUACGAUGAGGCUACGACGUCUAGUGUUCAAAGCGAUGCUGAGACAGGACAUCUCCUGGUUUGACGACCAUAAAAACACGACAGGUGCUCUCACCACACGACUGGCCACUGACGCCUCGCAGGUUCAAGGGAUCUCUGGAGCCAGACUUGGGAGUAUUGUACAGAGUAUAGCUAACCUGGGGACGGCCAUCAUCAUCGCGUUUAUCUACGGCUGGAAGCUGACCCUGGUCAUAAUGGCCUUCUUGCCAUUCAUCAUGAUUGCUGGGAUGUUACAGAUGAAGCUGCUACAAGGAGUGGCAGGACAAAACAAAGAAGCAUUAGAGGAAGCAGGAAAAACUGCUACGGAAUCGAUUGAGAACAUGCGUACCGUGGCUAGCCUGACCAAGGAGGAGAAGAUGGUUCAGAAUUACAAGGCCCUGCUCCAGGGGCCUUACAGCGCCUCACUGAGGAAGGCCCACCUGACCGCCAUCGCCUUCUCCUUCGCCACUGGAAUCCUGUUCUUUGCCUACGCGGCCUCCUUCUGGUUUGGGGCGUAUCUGAUACGACAGAAUGAGAUGGAGUACACUGAUGUAUUUAAGGUGUUUAGUGCCAUUGUGUUUGGUGCCAUGGCCUUAGGACAAGCCAGUGCUUUUGCUCCUGAUGCUUCUAAAGCCAAAGUCUCUGCUGCCCAUAUAUUCCACAUGCUGAAAAUGGAACCCAAAAUUGACCCUUACUCUGAGGAGGGCAAGAGAGAUCUCACUGUUCACAGUAGGGUCCGAUUUGAGGGUCUACAUUUCCGCUAUCCCACACGACCAGACGUGGAGGUGCUACAGGGUCUGACCCUAGAAGUUAACCCCGGGGAGACUGUGGCACUAGUGGGGGCCUCAGGGUGUGGCAAGAGUACCACAGUACAACUGAUGGAACGAUUCUACGACCCAGAGGAAGGGGUAGUGUAUUUGGAUGAAAAUGAUAUCAAAGAGUUGAACGUCCAGUGGUUACGUCGUCAGAUUGGAAUCGUAUCCCAGGAGCCCGUGCUGUUUGAUUGCAGUAUCGCAGAAAACAUAGCGUACGGGGAUAACUUCAGAGAGGUUAAGAUGGCAGAGAUCAUCGAGGCCGCUAGAAAAGCCAACAUACACAGCUUUAUUGAAUCCUUACCAAGUGGCUAUGACACACUUUGUGGUGACAAAGGGACACAACUCUCAGGUGGACAGAAGCAGCGAGUGGCCAUUGCCCGUGGACUGGUCAGAAAUCCCAAGAUCCUGCUGUUGGACGAGGCCACUUCUGCCCUCGAUACAGAGAGUGAAAAGAUUGUCCAAGAAGCCCUUGACAAGGCACGAGAGGGAAGAACGUGUAUCGUCAUAGCUCACCGACUUUCUACGAUCCAGAACGCGGACAAGAUCUGUGUAAUCAAACACGGGGAGGUCGUAGAACAGGGUCGCCACAGUGACCUAAUGAGUAAACAAGGCAUAUACUACAGACUCGUAACCACAGCUCAAUCAAGAGGCUGAAUUCUGUGUUUGUAUAGGUUUCGUAAUUUAUGACUAUAUUUUUAAAAAAAUGCUAUUCACAAAUACGACUGACCGGUGCAACUUAUAAAGGUCCCAGUCUAUGAUCUGCUUGUUUCCGUUGUAUGUUAUACGUGUAGUAUUAAUGUGCCUGGAAGUAUUCACUAAAAUGACAAAACUUGUAUACAUGUGUGAGUGAUACCAGUAUAAGAUAUAAUGCUGUUUCAUGCUUCACUAUGACAUGUGUAGUACAUUGAGAAGACUUUUAUUUUUAGCAAUGAUGUAACACAUUUCAUGAAACAGACCAAAGAGAAAUCUCAGGAUUUUCAUUGUUUGUCUAAGUGAAUUGUUUCACGUCAAAUAUUUUUAAAGAUUUUGUUCAUAUAGAUAAGGCUAAUAAUAUUAUGAAGGAUUCAUAAAUUAGAACUACACAAACAGUAACAUGCACAAAUAUUUUGCAUUUUGAACACUUGUAUACAUCUUUUUGUAAGGAUAUUUAAAUUAGAAAAUGUAUAUACAUAUAUGUGUCCUCAAAUAUUUACAAAAUACAUAGAUGUGUACUUUGUUCAGGAGUGCACAUUUUUCAUGCAUUUUUAUCUAUAUUUUAUUCAUUACUGACUAUUUAUUAACAACACAUGACGUGAGCAGCCAAAAACUGUGUGUGUUUUUAAUCUGUUGAUACAAGCUGGUCAGGCUUUGGUAUGUACUUGUAAGGUGCGAUUUACUUUUGCAUCAGGAUUCUCAUAUCUACUGAAUCUCAACGUUAGAUUUAAGAGAACAAAGAUAUAUAUUUAUGCCAGGAAUCUUGAAGAAAUCAAAAGAGCUUACUUAAGUCUGUUAACUUCUAAUCAUUAUGCUGUGAUUGACAUAUCAUUUUUACCAGGAUGUAGUGUGUAUUAUUAUUGUAUUUUAUAUACUGUAUAUCUGUUUUUCCUUUAUUAAUCAUAUGGGCCCAAUGCAGAAUGAUUCAUCAAAUGAAAGCGGAUCAAGUUAAAUGCCAAUGGACAGACUUUACACAAUGGUCAUAGUGCAGGCAAUGAUUCUCCUUGGUUAUGUUGAAUAAAAAAACAUAAACUCAGUGAAAACUAUUGUUUUAAUUGCUGUAUAUUAUGUUUAUUUUUUUCAACGUGCACAAGUGAUUAUAACUGUGUACACAUUCAAAAAUAAUGUAGCGGUGAAAAUUCUUUAAAGAUUACAUAGAAAUAGUGUUUACAUAGAAUUAUGACCUUGUGAGGUAAAAUGUAUGUUUACAGUGUAAUUGAUAUAUUUCCAAGUCUUCAAAUUAUUUCUGCCAAAUGCUUCAAUGAAAAAUGUGAAAACGAAAAAUCAUUUAAAGAAAGAAUCUUCUUGGCAAACAUAAUUCAUAACUUCAAUAACUACAAUUAUCAUUUUAGUAAUAUAUAUAGAUAUUUUAAAAUAUCUAAGUAAUAAAGCGUGGUGCUGAUACAAAUUAUUUUAAAAAUGAUGUCCAGAAAG